AUGGUCCAACUCACUUCCAUCCUCAAGGCCGGCCGGACGGCGGCCAAGUUCGCCAACGACGCCAACACGGCGCGCGCCGCGGCCAACGACUUUCGGCAGGCCGACAAGGCGCAGAUGGGCCGCGAUGCCGGACGCAUGGCCUUUAGCGAGGGCGCCAACACGGGCGCGGCGAUGGGCAAGACGUGGCUCAAGACGUUUGAGGUGGUGCCGCGGCUCGUCGUGCGCGGGCUGCAGUUUGUGUUCGCGCUCGUCGCCGUCGGCUUCUACGGCCACCGCGUCGACGCGGACCGCAAAGCCGAGCGCGCCAUUGCGCCCGAGUGGCUCUUUGCCGUCGUUGUCUGCGGCCUGUCGGCCCUCACGGCCGUCGCAUUCGUCCUGGCCGCGACCGCCGGCGCCAUCCCCGUCGUCGGCGGCUUCCUCAAGAUGCUCAAGACGCACCGCGCCUUUGGCUGGGACGCGACGCUCUGGAUCGGCUGGCUCGUCGUCUUUGGCAUGAACGCCGGCAUCUUCCUCAAGAGGAGCGCCGACGACCCGUACAAGGGCGCGAGCGUGCGCGUCAUGAAGGUGGCCGUGUGGGUUGACCUGGUGAAUGCCGUCUUUUGGAUGCUGUCGGCCGCCUACGGCUGCAUCAAGACGUUUCUCGGUGCCAAGGUCGACGCGGCCAGCGAAAAGGUUGGCAACAAGCUGUUUUCUAAGAAGGGCGGUAACAAGCACGAGAUGAAGAACAUGUCGACGAAUGUCUAG